AUGAUCAAUAUUGUGGAUGAAGAAAAACUAGAGCGAUACGGAAAAUAUAGGUAUUCUAGUGUAGAUACAUUAAUGGAGGAUUGCUUUCCAGAAUUGCUAGAGCCCGACUGGCUUAAAGAUUUUUCUGUGCGGGGAGGUACGGAUUGGAGUUACAUCGCAGACACAUUCUGGAACUUUUUGUCUGAAUGCUUUGCAGGGUCGAUGAUACAGUUUUAUGUGAACUACAUUCUUGCAAAUAUAUGUGAGCAAAGUAAUGAGUGUGAUCUGAAGACAAUAACAUCAAGCCAAGAGAAUUUCAUGGUUGCCUCUCUCAUUCUUUUCUAUCUGUCCCAUCGGAGAAAUGACAUCAUACACACACCUCUGGCACAUGACUGCAGAUUUAGUUGUGCUGAAAAAAUAUUAAAUUAUGUGGCAUCAAACAACGGGCCAGCUGAUCUUCAACCCGCUGGCCAAGCUUCUGAAGAGCUGAGAGUGGAGGGAAAGACACAUAUCUGUGUGGUAAACAGGUUAUUAGAAUGCGGAGCUCAGCCUGGACCAACAUAUGCUAUUUUAGAUUUUACAAAGCUAACAGCUCUACUUGCUGCUAUACGGUACUUACCGGACGGAGAUAUUGAAAGAGAGGUUGCAAUAUCUUUGCUCAACAAGUGUGAUGAGAAACAACAUGAACAGGUGUUGAAUACUCCACAUGAAAUGGGGUGGAGUGCACUUCACAUCGCUUCUAACAAUAAUGAAGCAAAUGCUUGCCAAAUGCUUCUUAACUAUGGAGCUAAAUUAGAUGUUCUGAAUAAUGACGGCAAGACAGCUCUGCACAUUGCCGUUGAAUGUGAGGAUGAUAGAGUUGUAAAUGUAUUUAUGGAACAUCCACGUAUUACUGAAUCAGUUGAUUUAAAAGAUGAAAUGGGGAUGAGCCCUUUAGAUACAGCCGUUGCCUCAACAAAUGAAAAAAUAGCAGCAAUGUUGUUAUUCAAGUCAAAACAGCCUGAAGCUUAUUUUGACAAGGUGAAUCUGGAACGGCUUCUACGUUGCUCUUUACUGAAUGGAUUUGUCUAUACUGUUAGAAAUCUGUUUGAGAGGGGAACAAAAGUGCCAGCUGGGGAGUGCGAUGAUGAAGGAAAAACAGUUUUGCAUUUGGCUGCCACGUGUAAAGAUGGUCAGAAAGCAAUGGAGAUGGUCAACAUGGUAUUUGAAAAUAUCAAAGUUAAGGAAAGCUUGAUGACUAAACAGGACAGAAGAGGGAGGACCGCUCUCCAUGAGGCCGCUUUGAAUGGAAAACAAGAGCUCUGCAAAUAUCUUCUGAAAAUAAAUCCAAAAAUAAUAAGUCUGAAAGACAGGGAUGGACGAACUUCUAUAUAUGACGCAAUUGAAGGAGAACAUAAUGAGAAAGAUGUUUUACAGAUCUUUCUUGGAGUCUAUGUCAAUACAGAUAGCAAAAAAGAUCUGGUUGAAUUGCGCCUUUCUAAGGUAAAAGAAACUGCAGAAUAUUUGAAGAGAAGUGAUUUUCUUGGACAAACAGCCCUUCACAAGGCCACAAAUUGUGGAGACUCGGAUACAGUGAAGCUUUUGUUGAAAAGAGGUGCCCAUCCCCUGGAAGAACGUGAUUGUGAUGGUCGGACUGCACUCCAUUAUGCUGUGAAAGCUGAAAGAGACAAUAUAAAAUUGACUGGUUUGCUAUUAAAUGGAUGCAGAACCAAUCAAGAGAAAUGCCUCUUGUUAUGGGCCUCUGCAGCAGGCUUAGGCACCGCUGAAAGCAGUCUUAGCGAUGAUGAUCCACUUCGAGAAAUCCUUGCUGUUGAAAGAAAUAAAAUAAAAGAACAGCUUACUACUGAAAAUCUGUUGAAAACUGCUGCUGUUGCAGGAGACAUAGAAAUGACCAAAGAACUGAUUGCCAGAGGUUAUAAAAUGGCAGAUAUACAGGAUACAGAAUGGAGAAAUAGAUUAAGAAAAGAAGAAAAAAACAAUGUAAAUAGAGUUUUAAGUCAACUUGAGAGGAUCGCCCAACAGGCAAAUGACCAACCUACCAUAUUGGACAAUCUUGAAAGCAUUUUGUUAAAAACGGCAGCUCAAGUGGCAUUGUUGCCAUCUGCAAAAUUAUCAAGUUCAUCUUCAGAACUGCCUGGUAUCUCAACCUCUGAAUUAUCCAUAAAAGGAAAAAAGAAAUAUGAAGAAAUCAAAAGACAUGUCGAUUUUGAACAAAAUGGUAACAAAACCUUAAUUUCUAUCAUGAUGGAUAACAUUUGGAGUUGGGUUAAAAAGUUCAACAAAGAGGAAUCUCCAGCAGAGAUCGGACAUACCAAAGAAGACUCUCUUGGAGAGUUCCUAAAUACAUACAAAGCUAAAUAUCGCAAGAUUUUUAAAUCACUUGCUGCAAUGGAUAGCAUAGACAUGGUAAAAGUGCUAGCUUACAAUGAAAGUGCUUUAAAACAGCUUAAUAGUUAA